UCAUCAGGGAGAGGUCCUAGGGGAUUUGGGGGUCCCUGGAGGUCUGGGGCCCUGUUAGGUAAUCCAGCCUUGUGGGUAAUCCAGAUAUGGAUCCCACUUGUCCUGUAGUUCAGCACUUGAUCUUCUAAUAUGACCCCAUAUUUUAACGAUUUCAGGUUUCCUUGCACCAAAUGAAGAGUUUUCUCAAGUGAAAGUGAGUCGGAGGCUUAUCACCUCUGUGCACUGUUAUCGAUGAGCUGCAUCAGUCUCCUCACUGGACCGUCAGAAUCAGGUCUGAUAUCAGCAGCCAAACCGCAUGUCAAAUGUUUAGGAAUGUUUCGAUAACAACAUCACGUGGUGCAGGUCUGACUCAUAGACUUGAAUUGAUAGAGCGGUCAUUCCCAUUCAGACACACACCGCUCGAGAGGCCGGGUCAGCGGCCGCUCCCUCCUAAAACUACAGCCAUAAACUGUUUGGCUCUGUCGUCAUGGAGAUAGCUGUUGGUUUGGUGACAGCCUUAUCAGAUUAUAGUGGAGGCCAUGUAAGGAAUUUCCUCUCUAUCCAGCGCAGCUCUGUGCUCUGAAUCCUCUGCAGUCUGCAUCAGCAAAGUGUCUUGGCAUCACUUCUCGUCCUUCCUCCGGUGUCCAUUCCGGCGUCAUGUGAAAGGGGUUCACGGUGGUUUCUCUCGCCGAGACCGGACCCUCCUCCGUCGAGCUCAUUCGUCAGUUGCCGACGUCCUCGCCCCCCCGGGUCAGUCCCCGUUUUGGGGCGGGUAGUGUCUCUGUCACCAUCCGCUGUCCCCCGGUUUAUCCUGCACCCUUCGGCGUGCGGCGGAGCGGAGGAUGAGCGAGCAAGGGAAGGGUUCGGCAUCCGCCUCUGCCGCGGCCCCAGCACCGGGGUCGGAUACUUACAAAGGCUGGCUUUUUAAAUGGACCAACUAUUUGAAAGGGUACCAGCGGCGAUGGUUCGUCCUCAGCAACGGCCUGCUCUCAUAUUACAGGACGCAGGCGGAGAUGGCCCACACUUGUCGUGGAACAAUCAACUUGGCCACGGCGCACAUCGACACCGAGGACGCCUGCAAUAUUGUCCUGAGCAGUGGUGGCCGCACUUACCACCUGAAGGCUAGCACAGAGGUGGAACGGCAGAGAUGGGUCACGGCGCUGGAGUUGGCCAAGGCUAAAGCCAUCCGCAUGAUGAACGAUCAGUCUGAUGAUUCAGGGGACGAGGAGCCAACAUCCCAGUCGGACCGCAGCGAGAUUCAGGGCACCCUGAAGAUACUCGUCAGCAAGCUCGACGACCUCAGCACGUGUAAUGACCUGAUCGCCAAGCAUGGGGCGGCCCUGCAGCGUUCCCUGAGUGAACUCGAGGGUCUGAAAGUCCCUGUGGAGGGAGGAGAGAAGAUCAAGGCAGUCAACGAACGAGCCACCCUCUUCCGCAUCACUUCCAAUGCUAUGAUCAAUGCGUGUCGAGACUUUUUGGACCUAGCAGAGACUCACAGUAGGAGAUGGCAGCGGGCGCUGCAGUAUGAGCGAGAGCAGCGCACUCACCUAGAGGAGACCAUUGAGCAGCUAGCGAAGCAGCAUAACAGCCUGGAGCGAGCGUGGAGAGAAGCACCCACGCUUGUUUCCAGCACCCCCAGUGCCCCUACCACCAACAAGGGAAGCGAGAGGCCGCUCAAAGAGGAGGCAAGUGAUGAAGAUGAGGAUACUGAGUAUUUUGAUGCCAUGGAGGAUUCCCCUGCAUUUAUCACAGUGACCGCCACUGAGAACACACAGCACAGGCGAUCUCAGAGUAAUUUGAGCGGAGCAAGCGGAGGUCACCCCAAUGACUGGAACCAGGACGACCAUAUGUCUCCAAGUUGUAAUGAUGUGUCAGGGAGGGAGCUGCAGCCCCGCAGACAGAGGCGGACUCAUAUCCCAGACAAGCCCAACUACUCCCUCAAUUUAUGGAGCAUCAUGAAGAACUGCAUUGGCAAGGAGCUCUCUAAAAUCCCCAUGCCUGUAAACUUCAACGAGCCUCUGUCGAUGCUGCAGCGUCUCACCGAGGACCUGGAGUAUCACGAGCUCCUGGACAAGGCGGCGCGCUGCGACUCCUCCCUGGAGCAGAUGUGCCUGGUCGCUGCCUUCUCCGUCUCCUCCUACUCCACCACGGUCCACCGGACAGCCAAGCCCUUCAACCCCCUGCUGGGCGAGACCUAUGAGCUCGAUCGCCUGGAGGAGUUCGGCUACCGCUCGCUGUGUGAGCAGGUGAGCCAUCACCCCCCUGCUGCUGCACAUCACGUGAUUUCCCAACGAGGCUGGACCCUGUGGCAGGAAAUCACCAUUGCCAGCAAGUUCCGUGGCAAAUACCUCUCCAUUAUGCCUCUGGGUGCCAUUCACCUGCAGUUCCACUCCAGCGGGAACCACUAUGUGUGGAGAAAGGUCACCUCCACGGUGCACAACAUCAUUGUGGGCAAGCUGUGGAUUGACCAGUCGGGGGACAUUGAGAUUGUGAAUCACAGGACCAAGGAGACCUGCCAACUCAAGUUCUCUCCCUACAGUUAUUUCUCCAGGGACGUUCCACGGAAGGUGACAGGUGUGGUGGCAGACAGUGGGGGCCAAGCUCACUACAUCCUCUCUGGUACGUGGGAUGAUAAGAUGGAGAGUGCCAAGAUCAUUCAGAGCAGCCGAGGGGGCAGUGGAUCAGAGGGCAAGCAGAAGACCGUCUAUCAGACUUUGUCCCCCAAACUGCUGUGGAAGAAAUACCCUCUCCCGGAGAAUGCUGAGAACAUGUACCACUUCUCUGCAUUGGCAUUGACCCUGAACGAGCCGGAGGAAGGAGUGGGACUGACCGAUAGCCGCCUGAGACCUGACCAGAGGCUGAUGGAGGACGGGCGAUGGGAUGAAGCAAACUCAGAAAAACAGAGGCUGGAGGAGAAACAAAGAGCUGUGAGAAGGAGGAGGGAAGCUGAAGCCUCGGAUGCUCUGGAUGAAGGUAGAGAAUACGAAGGCUACCAGCCGUUGUGGUUUCACCAGAGGAGGGACUCAGUCACUGGAGAGACAAACUUUGUAUACAAGGGAGGUUACUGGGAGGCGAAGGAGAGACAGGACUGGAGCAUGUGUCCUGACAUCUUCUAACCCAGCAGCUGACCCCAGAUCACACCUAACCUCAUCGGACAGGGAACUGCUCAGCCUCUGGUCCUUUAUGCAGUGGGGGCAUAGCUGGCUUAUGAGCACCAUGUGAACGUUUGUGAGCAUGAGAAUGUGUAUGUUUCACACACUCUCGGAUUUCACUGUACCUCCAAAUGUACACUCUCACUCUGUUUUUACAAUGGGGGAAAAGAAAGCGGUGUUCCCUGAGUAGUCCUCUUUGACACUGUACGGAAACAGCAGUGAGAUAAUGUGUGGAUGGGAGAUAAUGACGUUGUAACAUCGCACAGUAGAGACACCUGCGCACUCCUGAAAUCAGGUGCUCCGUAAAUGCUACCCACAAUGCACUUUUCUGUGAUCACCCCAGAGUUUUACCAGUUGGAUAGAAACCCAUAUCAAAGCAGCUCACGACUAUAGACUGACAACUAACAGGGACAAAACCAUUAAGAGGCACAUAGAAACACAACAGUGUUGAAUACACGUGAGUAUUUCAGUGGCUGCAAGAAACGUGUCCUCAUCCUCUGUUUUAUUAUGCGAGUCCUUCUUUAUAAAUUUUUAAGUAAUUCCCUCCUUUUCUUCACCAGGAUUGAUUGAUUUCAAGUGCCCCUUUUGGUUGCUGUAAGAUAGAGGUUAAGGCCUCAAUAUGGUGUCUGGAAAUUUAUGUCUGUUAGAUUUUGUAAAAAAAACAAACAAACAAACAAAAAAAGGAGACCCAAAGUGUUCAAAAUUAAUUAAAUAAGACAUAAUCAUAUUAAUAACUACAGACAAGCGACAUGAUAUAACCAUAAAACUGUGAAAUAUUCAAAUAUGUUUUUUAAAGACUCAGCCCAUUUUAUGAAAUGUCUUUAUCUGCCAGUCAAGACCAACAGUGCAGAGCCAAUUAUGUGAUCAACUGUUGCUUUGAUUUUUUUUUUUUUUAAACUGCUAGAAAGAAAUACCAGUGGCUGCACUAACCUUAUUUGAUUGUGAAGAUAAGGUAUUCUUAAGUGUAUAUGAUUAUUGCACAGUUUUAUUCUGGUUAUAUUAUAUAUUUUGUCUUCAUUUAUUUGUGUAAUUGUGUAUUUCAAAAUAUCUUUGUUAUUCAUUUAUUUAAUUUUCAAAACGUUGGGUCUCCAUAGUCAACAGCUAAUGUUUGAUUGGGCAAAUUAUCACCAGAUAAUCAUACACCAGAGGCUGGUUUAUCUGAACUGAUAAAAUAUCCAGAAAUGCAGAAAUCUGUUUUUUGUGAAUAAUGGGGUUUCCCUCUAGAUACAUGCAAAUAGUCUGUUCAAUAGUCAGUUAGACUGUAGUCCAUGUAGUGAUUAAAAAGGCUGCUUAUCCAUUUCAUACUUUGAAGAGGAAAUGCCUGUGUACUUCAGUGCAUUUCAGUCAUCUAAACACACUUCAGACAUCUUCCAUUUGUGAUUCUGAUUAGCAAAAUUAUACAGUAGUCAGUCCUUUAGUUGUAAAACAUUAGUGCAGUUCCAACAGUGCAACAUUAAACUUCAAAACAUUCAUAUCACUCUAACAGGAAUCUCCAUUUAAAGACCUGAAUACGCACUUUUCACUGUGGUUGACCAUAGGUUAGUACAUAUCUUUGUGUUGAUGUUGAUGUACUUUACCUUGUCCUCUGGUGCUCUACCAUAGCAACACAUACCGUAUCCCUGGUGACCAUUUUCAGUGACAUCACUCUCAGUGACCGUACAAAGCCGAAAUCACUGAGACGUUUACCACCCAGUACAUCCAGGAACAUGUUGAUUUCUAUAGUGUGCAUUGCAGUAGCUCCACAGCCUCCCAUCAGUCACUAAUUUGUAGUUCAGACGUCUCCAGUAGGACGACUUUAUGUGAGACUGGAGCGGUUUCUCACAGGAGUCCAGAGUGGCUUCAGCUGACAGCAGGUCAGGGCUGGUUCCUGUCGCACACCACUGUGCAGUCAGCUUUAGCCACAGAGGACCCACCCCCCCCAGCUGCUGCUCCAGACUCACCACAGCUCACCUUUCAUUCACUGUUUGUGGACACACUGAUCUGGGAUCAGCUCACGAAGGUACCCUCAGUCUUUUGCCUUUAAUUGACUGAACAAGGGAAAGAGUCCUCUGACCUGUGCACUACAUGUCUAUGGUGACAAGAGUUUUGAAAACCAGUUAGUAUUUUUUUUUGUAAUUAUUGUUAGGAAUGUAGAAUUCAAGGCUGGAGGUAUUGUAUUUACCAUCUAGUCUAUUUGUGUGAAUAUUUUGUGAUAAAAGAAUGAUAUUGUAAAAUGAAGAAUAAUUAUACUAAUCUGAGUGUUAAGUUAUCUGUACAGCAUACUUCAAAUCUGAGAAUAAUUGACUGAACGAGCCUGAAGGAUUUGCUGUCAUUUUAAUUUUUAAUCUAGAUUAAUUCUGCAAAGAUGGAAAUCUAUCCUGAGGUGCCCGCAAAUUUCGCUGCAUAUUCGUGUUUUAUAUUUCCAUAAAUUGUCUUAAGACACUGAAAAUAUUUUUUAUAGGCCAUACAGAUGUGAAAAAUGCACUGGAAAAGAAAUUCAUCCAUAGAGUGCCCCUCCAUGCUGAGUAUGGCUGAUAAAGUGAAGGAGAUUUUCAGUGUGAUUAUGAGCUCUUAAAAUGUAAAAAGUUAACCUGUGAGACUUUACCAAUUAAUUAAUGAUUUGAUAAUGAAAUGAAUGAUGAUUGAUGUUUUUUGCACAAAAGAUGCUUCUUUUGUCCAUUUACAUAAAAGGUUUUGAUGCAUUUUUGAUCUGUGGUUGUCAUGAGCACAGUUUGAUCAAUCACUAAAACUCUUGUUUAGAACAACCUGCUAUAAGGAAGAAUUCAGCAUUUUUGGAAAUAUGCUUUUUUGGAUGAGAAGAUCGAUACCUGUCUCAUUUCUAAAGCUACAACCAGCAGCUAGCUUAGCUUAUCUUAUCUUAGCUUAGCUUAGCAUAAAGACUGGAAACAGGAGGAAACAGCUAGUCCGUUAGUUUACCCUUGUUUGUUUAAUCUUCACAAAGUCACUGCUCCCAGCCAAGAAAUAGUUUCACACGUACCUCCCCGUAAAACCACAUGUAUGUUUUGUGCUAAUUAUACAAAUUAGAUUAUUUUAUUUUUAACCUUUGAACAGAACUUAGCUAGUUGUCUCUGUUCCCAGUCUCCAAGCUAAGCUAAUUAGCUGAUGGCUUUAGCUUUAUUGUACAAUGAACAGACAUGACAGUGAUAUUACUGUUAACAAGAAAACAAAUAAGUGUAUUUCCCAGAAUGUCGAGGGAUUCCUCUAAUUUUACUUUUCUGCUUGAACUCUCUUUUUGUCUGUCCUCUUCACAGGCUCAAACACUUCCAUUAGCACGCACAUGAAUACGAGCUGUUGAGCUUGUGCACACUUUACUUUAUGAGUGUCACAUGUAAGAAUGGACACUACUGCGGCAAGAGGUUUCAUUUUUGCCAUCUUGAAAAUCAUCACUGCACAGUUAAUUCUGUAUCAUUGCAUAGUCAUGAAGACAGGUUGCUGCUGAGUGGUGAUGAAGAAACUGUACAAAUGGAAAGUUUGGUUGUAAUUUUCCUUUUUUCAGCAAUCAAUAUGAGGUUUACUAGAGAUUUACUUUAAUAUAUUGCGUUUCAGAUGAUUUUAUAUUUGAGAAUACAUAUUAUAUUUUGAAUGAUAAUGGAGAGCUCAUCAUACGUUUUAAUCAAUAUAUUUCCAAAUAACUUGACCUUGGUACUUGAUGAUGACUUGCCUACUGAAGUUGCUCCGCUGAGGGCCUGUACAGUAUCAGACAGCUGUAGCAAUAAUGCAGUGAAGUGUAGAUUUGUUAGUCCAUGGCUGUUGUUGCUUCAGUUUGUCUGCCUCAUGUAGAAAGGGGAAAAAAACAACCAAAGUGUAAAUGGAGAGUGUACUGUAGACUAAAAAAAAAAACAAAAAACAAACAAACAAAAAAAAAAAACUCUUCAUGCCUUCCCUGUCUCAGAGGGAUCUAAUGUAAACUCCCUCUCACUGUUUCUCUCAUUUCAUCUCAACCUACUCUUAAUUCACUAUGGUGUGAUUUUUAGCUUUAAUUUUUAUGCUUUUAUUUUUUGUUCAGAUUUCUAUAUUCUCAUUGGUGCCAUUAUUCUUAUGUUGGUGUUUUCAUACUGUUUGUAUGCAUAAUGAGCUUGAUUUGUGUGCAUGUGUGGCACACAUUUCCCUCUCAUUCGAUGCUGCUCAGUUUUUGAGGCGAACUAAUGAAGGCGGGAAGAUGUUUCUUGCCUUGUCUAAACCGAACCCUGCUUCUCCUCAGACUGUGACUCACGGCUUUGUUGUGAGACAGUGGAGAUGUUAAUAAUGUGAUGAUGAAAGGUUAUGAUGACACAUCACAACAGCGGCCUGGUACAAGAGGUCAAAGGUAACUGACCUGCCUUGACUACUACUCUUACUCCCCCAAAUACACAUAGGUGUAUUCAGGUGUAACUGCGGAUUCAACUGAGGUUUUGCUUUUUUUUUUUUUUUUAAAUUGUGUAUUUUCUCCCUUAAUUUAUAACAUUGUCUUUAAACAACAAAGACACAAUAAUGAAAGACAGAAGAUAAUAAAGUUGUUAUUGUUGACACUGAA